UUAGUUUCUUAAUUUUAUGUUGUGUAAGUUGUUAUAUAAAGAGAGAACCAACUUUCUUCUUUCUUUGCUGAUUUUUCAAUAAAUACCCAAUGGGGAGACCACCUUGCUGUGACAAAGUGGGGUUGAAGAAAGGACCAUGGACACCUGAAGAAGAUCAGAAGCUCUUAGCUUGCAUUGAAGAACUUGGUCAUGGAAGCUGGAGUGCCUUGCCCACGAAAGCCGGUCUUCAAAGAUGUGGAAAGAGCUGCAGGCUUAGAUGGACCAAUUAUCUAAGACCUGAUAUUAAGAGAGGAAAUUUUAGUUUGCAAGAAGAAGAAACUAUUAUUCAACUCCAUGCCCUUUUAGGGAAUAGGUGGUCUGCUAUAGCCACUCACUUGCCAAAGAGAACAGAUAAUGAAAUAAAAAACUACUGGAACACUCAUCUUAAGAAAAGGUUAGCUAAAAUGGGGAUUGAUCCAAUCACUCACAAGCCAAAAACUGAUGCUUUACUCUCCAUUGAUGGUCAAUCCAAGAAAGCAGCAAACCUUAGCCAUAUGGCUCAGUGGGAAUGUGCUAGGCUUGAAGCUGAAGCUAGAUUGGUUAGCGAAUCAAAGAUGCGUUCACAUUCACUUCAACAUCAGCUCAACCCUCCAGGUUUUGCUCCUUCAGGUUCAGCUUCGGCUGCUCAGCUUGUGAAUAAGACAGCUUGGAAUAGUACUACAGGUAUUGGUGGUGUUUUAAACACUGGACUUGAUGCUGCUGGUGACCUUGAGUCUCAUACAUCCAGUCUUACAUUCUCAGAGAAUGCACCGCCGAUCAUGAGUACAGGGCUUGGAGUGAGUUCAAUGCCAAUGGUUGAGUUUGUUGGCACUACUUCAGGUUCAGCCGAGACUGGAAUCAUCAAAGAAGAAGGUGAACAAGAUUGGAAAGGCCUUGGAAGUUCAACUAAUUUGCCUGAUUACAAAGAGGGUAUGGAGAUUAAUUCUUUAUCAUUCACUUCUAGCCUUCAUGAUAUGACAAUUUCCAUGGAAGGAGGAUGGACUCCAGAGUCUUUAAGGCCAAAUAGCAGUCAAGUUAAUGUUGGAAAUAUAAAUGAUUCUAUCGAUCGGAGUUUAUCAGAUAAUGGCAAAGAAUCUGAUGAAAACAGUGGAGGCGGUGGUGAUGGCAGUGAUUACGAUGAAGAUAACAAGAAUUACUGGAACAGCAUUCUUAAUUUGGUAAAUUCUUCUCCAUCAGAUUCACCAAUGUUCUAAACAA